GGCCGCGGGCCCCGCCGGCUCCGGCCCCUCAGCGCCAUCCGUGCCCCGCUCCCGGUAAGCGCCCGCUCCGCCCCGCGGCUGAACAGAACCCCGCAUUAAUUCACGCUUUUUCCAUCCCGCAGGGUUCUCCUGCUGUAAAAAGGCACCUGGGGGCUGCAGCUGGUGGUGGUACUGACCAGGCAGCACAAAGUUGUGUAGGAUCACGUUUUUACCUAUCUGUGCACCACAGAGGAUAUGGCAAAGUGUGUUCUACAGAGCAGUAAGAUUAUUCACCAUGUGAAUGUUCAGUGGAGGAUUUGAUGCGUUGGAGAUCUCCCUCAGAAAUGUACGAAGCAGCUUGUUGGAACGCAGCAGGAUGAAAAAUGCUGGAGUUUCCUCAAGCCUGUGCCUGUCCUUGGCUUCCCGGGCCAGCUCCAGUGCUGCUCUGUGUUCUUUCAAUUGAAAAGCAACUCAGUAACUUCUGCAAUCAAUGUUGUUUUGAUGAACUGAUUCAUUUUUAAGGAGUUCGGAGACCCGUUUUACAAAGCUACCUCAAGUUCAAGUUUUGUGUUUUCAGAGGAGGGAAGAAGAAUGUCCCAAAAACAGCUGAAAGAAGCCUUUAUCAGCAACCUGAAUGGAACGAGUUUGCUGGAAAUUUCUGCAGGCUUGUCCCUGCCUCCACUGUGCCUGCUCUGCAGAGGGCUCCUCCUGAUCCUGUACUACCUGCACCAUGGAAAACCUCUAAGCUCAAGGAAGUACAGCCUGCUGCUGGACUUCCUGGUGCUCGUGUCUCCUCUCGUGUUCUCCUGCACUGUCUUGUCUCCAAUCAUCUUUUUCAUACCAGUUAUCCUUGCUGCCUUCUGUGCCGGAAUAUUUUCCAAAAUAUACAGCCAGACAAAAUGGGAGGCCAGAGUGCCCUUUGGGCAAAUUGUAAAAGAAUUUCAGAAGGCACGCUUGGACCCCGAGUGCAUUCCAGCAAUAACUGUGUUCCGUGUUUAUGUCAACGUGCUGACAUCCAUCAGCAUUUUGGCCGUGGAUUUCCCGCAGUACCCCCGGCGAUACGCCAAGGCUGAGACCUAUGGCACCGGUGCCAUGGAUUUGGGGGUGGGAGCCUUCAUCUUUGGAAAUGCUCUUGUUUGCCCUGAGGUUCGCCAGAAGCCUCACAGGACUCAGCCCAGAUUCUCCAGUCUGGCCAGGCAGGUGUUCUCUGUGUGGCCGCUGAUUGCCCUCGGUGUCGGGCGGCUGCUCAGCGUUAAAUCCAUCGAGUACCACGAGCACACCUCGGAGUACGGCGUGCACUGGAACUUCUUCUUCACCUUGGCGCUGGUGAGACUUGCAGCCUCCCUGCUUUUAGCCAUAUUCCCCAAACACAAGGCUUGGCUUGUGGCUCUGGCUGUGGCUGUGCUCUACCAGCUGCUCCUCAGCACGACCUCUCUGAAGAUGUUCAUCCUGCACGGCAGCGACGGCCGGGGCUCCCGGCUCGGCUUCCUCGAUGCCAACCGGGAAGGGCUCUUCUCCCUCUUUGGCUACCUGGCCAUCUACCUGGUGAGCGUGCAGGUGGGGCUGUGGCUGCUGCAGCACAGGAGCUCAGUCAGGGGCUGGCUGGAAGCCCUCGGGGGGCUGGCCCUGGCCGUGCUGCUGCUGUGGGUGCUGCUGCAGCUGUGCCAGGCGUGCACGGAGCCCGUGUCCCGCCGCAUGGCCAACCUGCCCUUCUGCACCUGGGUUCUCGCCCACUGCCUGCUGCUGCUGGCCUUCUUUGUGCUCACUGACCUCAGCCUGGUGUUCACAAAGCUGCUGGUCAAGGGCUCCAGCGUGCCCUGCUGCUGGAAGGUUGUGCAGGCCCCUGAUUCUGGGAAAAAGCAAGGAAUGGAGGCCGUGCCGGUGGGAAGGCAGGACAAGCUGUCACAGCCAUGCCUGAUUAGUGCUAUUAACAAAAAUCAAUUACUGUUUUUCCUGCUAGCGAAUGUUAUGACUGGUGCUGUGAACAUCCUGAUAGACACAAUCCACAGCAAGGCUGCCUUUACAUUAUGCAUACUGCACUUGUACAUGUUUUUAAACUGUUUAAUUAUGUAUAUAUUGCACGCCAGAAAUAUAGUAUUAAAGUUUUGGUGAUUCCA